GUGUCAGCCAUGCGCUGCGGGCUGCUGCCCAUCUCCCGUGCCGCUCUGCUGCUGGGGGAUGUUGCCUACUUCGAUUUCCGCGGGGAGGUGGAGGACGAGGCCGAUCGGGUCGAGCUCCAAAAAUCACUUGGUCCCACCUGCAAGAUCCUGGUGCUGCGCAAUCACGGCGUGCUGGCACUGGGUGACACAGCUGAGGAGGCCUUUUACAGCAUCUUCCACCUGCAGGCGGCCUGCGAGAUCCAGGUGUCGGCGCUGGCGAGCGCGGGCGGCGCGGAGAACCUGAUCGUGCUGGAGCGCACCAAGCACCGGCCCCACGAGGUGGGCUCCGUGCGCUGGGCCGGCAGCACCUUCGGGCCCAUGCAGAAGAGUCGCUUGGGCGAGCACGAAUUCGAAGCCCUGAUGAGGAUGCUGGACAACCUGGGUUACCGCACGGGCUACACCUACCGCUACCCCUUCGUGCAAGAGAAAAGCAAGCCCAAAAGCGACGUCCUGAUCCCCGCCACCGUGACAGCCUUCGUCUUCGAGGAGGAGGCGGCCCCCGUCCCCGCGCUGCGGCAGCAUGCCCAGAAGCAGCAGAAGGAGAAGACGCGGUGGCUCAACACCCCUAACACCUACAUGAGGGUCAACGUGGCCGAGGAGCAGCAGGGCAGCGCCGGCAGCCAGAAGACAAAGUGGCUGAAAGCAGACGAGGUGGAAAAGGGCAGCAGCGGGACCCCCAUCCGCAUCGAGAACCCCAACCAGUUCGUGCCCCUCUACACGGACCCGCAGGAGGUGCUGGAGAUGAGGAACAAGGUACGAGCCCAUCCUGAGAGCCCCAGAGGCUCUCAGCCAUGGGCGCAGGGGUCUCUGCAGACCCUGGGGUGGCAGAGCCGCAGCCCCUCCACAGAGAGCCAUUUGGGGGACGCGGAGGCCAAAGAUGCAUCGCGGGAGGAGGCACCCCCCGAGCCGGAGCCCCCGAACCCCUUCAGCCAACUGACGGACCAGGAGCUAGAGGAGUACAAGCAGGAGGUGGAGAGGAAAAAGCUGGGGCUGCAGGGCGAGAAGGACGAAGCGCCCAAGGAGGGCCAGGCCCCCCCCCCAAAAUCGCCCCCCGCACCCCCACCACAGAGCCCGGCCCCGACCCCUGCGGAACCCACGGAGG